UCUUUGGGUGUAUUUCAGGUUGAGUCUGGUUGAAGAGUCAGCCAGUGAGCCAACUGAAGAGAACAUGAUGGUUGUCCGGUUAGAGACACAAUCACAAACGGAAGCGCUUUCAAUAUGAGUUUUUCAAGAAAAUUUCAACCUUAUAACCAUUUUAUUUUCGGUGGCGUUGUUAACCUUUUGUUUUUCUUCUUGUUUAGAGUUCCGAUUCAAGUUUGUCUACCACUAUCCCAAACAGCCCCUGUGCCAGAAAUUGAACCAACCCCUGCAAAGUCUCCAAGUGAAAAAAUUAAUAAAGAAACUACAAAAAGGUAAGGAAUAAUCUUGGGGUGUAUUUGUUAAUUGUUUGGGUGUAUAUUGUCCUUGUUGGGGUGUAUAUCCUCACAAUUGUUCUGUAACACUGCAGUACUCCAGAACCGCCGCCAAAAACUAAAGAAAGCACACCCACGCUUCCACCAGCUUCAUCUAAAGUUAAUCCAGCCCCAGAAGAUGUUGCUGCACUGAUGAUGAUGGCACGGACAGCAUCGUACAUUCCUAAAGAAGGUUCGAUGCCAUCAUUCAGCCUCGACUUGAUUGGUUCAAGCCAAGAAGAAGCAGCAACGCAAGAGGGUGCAGCAACGCAAGAGGGGUAGAGGGCGAAAACUCCUGAAACGCCAAAACUAAUAGAACAGUUAGGGGAGCUGGUGAAAAAAAUUGUAGGCAGUGGGGUGAAAAUAGAAGGUAAAACUCCAGCUAUUCAUAAGCAAAGUGGUGAACAAAGUUUUGAAAAGUUUGAAACUCCUGCGAGGACAAAUGAAAUGAGUGCUGAAAUGAAAGAGAAAUGCUACAUCUGGGCCACACGUGUCAAAACAUCCGCAGAUGGACGUACUAAUGAGUAUGACGCCGUGUGCACACUCAUUGCCCAAGAUAAAUACAUUUUGUCAAAACUCCACUUCGCAUCUCUCCAAGCUGAUACACAUAUAGAAGCUGAGAUUGUCUCUGCCAUGUGCCUCAUCCUUAACUAGCAAAAGAUUAAAAGGUUUCAAGAAGAAAUAUACUGUCUCCCCCUGAUAUUUUGAACAUGGCCAUUGCAAAUCAUCCAGAAGGGGUAUUCUUACAGCCUAAAACUAAUAAGCCAUUCAGGGUGGAAGACUACCCAAUGUUUAUAUCCUUCUUGGACCUCAAAAAAUUAGCAUCGCAUCGUUAUGGACAUGUAAUUUCAAGAAUGAGAGUAUAUGCUGGGGCACCUCUAAAGAAAGACGAUCACAAAAUUCAUACACCAUACAUUGACAUCUCAGGCCAAAAGACAAGCUAUGACUGUGCUAUUUAUGUAAUGAAGUGGUUUGAGAUAAUUCAGCCCAAACACGUUAAAAGGGAGAAGUAUGAGUGGGACAACUGGACCAAGGACGAGGUGGACCACUUUAGAGUAGAAUAUGCUUUCCGGAUUCUAUUCCAUGAGAUGAAUCAAGACAAAGUUGAAGCCAUUAGGGAAAGUAAUGCAAUAAGACUGUCCAAGCCAUCCUCAUUGUUAUUGAGUUCAUAUUGUCAGAUAGAUUCUAAUGAUAUUGACACUGAUUAAUGUAAUUGUUAUAUAGU